AUGGUGAACAUUGCUUCCAAAGUAUACCAUUGGCUGGCUCCCGCUGCCAACAAGGGUGAAGAUGGCCGCGAUGUCUGGGGAUCACGCUUGUCCUUUAUUUUUGCUGCAAUGGGCGGCGCCGUCGGCUUAGGAAAUCUGCUGCGAUUCCCCUCCAUUGUAUACAACAAUCACGGCCUCCAGUUCUUCAUCCCAUACCUCAUCUCUCUCUUCUGUUUGGCCAUUCCAACACUACUUCUCGAAAUCUCUAUUGGUCAAGCGUAUCGCGGUGGGUGUGUGUUGGCUUGGCACCAUGCUCACAACCGGGCCAAGGGCGUCGGUUUUGGCGUUGUCUACAUUGGUUACGCCAUCUGCGUCUACUACGUGCCCAUCAUUGCAUGGAUCAUGUCGUACUUCCGGCACUCUUUCAUAAGCCCACUUCCCUGGACCGGACGUAAUGAGGACUUUUUCUACAAAGACGUUCUCCAGAACGUCGAUCCUAUCGAGGGCAACUUGACUGCUGACGGGUCUGCCGUUCAAGACUAUUCGGACUAUACCGGAAUGGGCAUGAACACCGAGAUAACUCUAUGGAACCUUUUCACCUGGUUCGUGGUAUGGCUGUGCAUGUUCAAGGGUAUCGGCCUCACUGGGCGAGUUGUAUACUUCACUAUGGCCAUGCCAAUCAUCCUUAUGAUUGUUCUCAUCGGUCGUGGCUGCUCUUUGCCCAAUGCCAUUGACGGCAUCCGCUUAUACUGGACCGAGUGGCAUGGAUCUAAGCUCGCGUCGGGUACCAUCUGGCAAGAAGCCUGCGGCCAGGUUUUCUUUUCUACCGGCAUCGGCAUGGGCUACUACACGAGUUAUGCCUCGUAUAAUCAUAAAUAUUCCAACGCCGUGCAGGACGCCCUAAUUAUCUGCAUCUCAAACUCUCUCAUCGAAGUUCUCGGCUCCAUGUCCGUUUUCGGCGUGGUCGGGUAUCUCGGAAUGCACCCAGACAACAGCGAGAGACUAAACACGUUCGUCGUCGGCUUCCUUACUUACCCUGAAGCUAUAGCCGAGAUGCCCGGCGCCAACUUCUGGGGUGUUUUGUUCUUUGCGACCCUGUUUAUCCUCGGGCUUGGAUCAGCUUUUGCUCUUCUCGAGACCCUGGUGACUAUGAUUUGCGACACAGAUUGGGGCAAAAGGUACUCUCGUCCCUACGUCUCGACUGCAAUCGUCAUUGUGUCGUUCCUCAUCUCGCUCCCGUUCUGUACCGAGUUCGGAUAUGCACUUGUAGACGCCGCAGAUACCUGGAUUAACUACCUUGCGCUGUUCUGGAUCGUGUGGUGCGAAUCUGUAUGCGCCACUACUCUCUACAGAUAUCGCGACGUUGUCGAUCAAUGCGGGCUUGUCUCGUGGUGUUUGUACAACUUGUUUGGUUACAUCGGCGGUACCGUCAUUGGGCUUGUUGUUGCGCACUCUGUCUCCCCUGAAGCAGGUGCUGGUGUGGGCUUUGGCAUGUUCCUCGCUGGAAUGAUCUCAUCGGUUAUCCUGGCUUCGGAUCCAACAGCCUACUGCCCCAAGUUCUUCACCAGAAGUGCGAUGAUGCGCAAAUUCUGGUAUCUGACCUCGUACUCGGGCAACCAACUCCGCCGUGAUCUCAAUGCAACCAUUUCCACUGGUAGUCAGUGGAAGAUUCCCGCGAUCUGGAGUUUUGUUCUCAAGUACAACACUGCACCUAUUGUGUCCAUCAUCUUCUCCUUCGCCUACCCCAAUUUCUAUGCGAAAAAUCGGAUGGAUCCUCUCCACAUCGCGGGCUUUACCUUUAUGCACAUGGUGCUCGUUAGUGCACUUGUCGGUCUUAUCAUGCCGCGCUGGUUCAACGUUCUGGUGCCCUCAUCCAAAAUCACCCAGGGCAUCUAUCCUGUCAUGCCAGGCGUCAUUUUCUCUCGGGCUAAUGCCAACGGAUCACUCGAUAUCGACGGUGUGCCUCAGGACAAUGGAGACUUCGCCAGUGAAACUCAGAGGUCUCGCGAGGAAGAGGUAUGGGCGCAGGAUGGUAGUCAGGAAAAGGUCGCCGACUCCCGUCAAAAGGCUAGGCUUGAGAGAUCAUCAUCCUAG